UUUUUUAAUUUUCAUUAUUUCCUAAAGCUGAGUCUAGCCGCCCAGCGUUUAUUGUGAUGUUUAUAAUUGAAUUGGAUAAUUCUUUUUGUAAACUUUGCUUUUAUGAAAACGAUAUAUAAAUAAAAAAAUUAAAAAACAAAAAAUAAAAUGGGUUCUAUUAAAAUCCAAUUUUCAAAUAUAGUUUAUCUAUCAAUAUUAUUUCCUCUACUUUCCAUAUUUUCCUGUGUUGUAAUGUCAAUGUGGCUACACUGGGACGAUGUUACUGCUACUCAUUGCAAAGUGGUGAACUAUUUUCCAUCCAUCAGUGCUGCAGUUGAUAAAUCUCCUGAGAAAUACAUUUGGAGAAUUGCUAUUGGUUUACAUUCAUUUCAGAGAUAUUUGAUUGCAUUUGCUUACUACCACUUCUAUCAAGAUUCAUUGCUUGUUGCUGCAAGCUUCUUUAGAAGUCUUGUUAAGUUUGCUGUUGCUGUUAAUCUUCUUGAAAUUACAUCGUUGAUUUUGUUAACAUAUGUUUCUUCUACAGAUAAUUAUGAGUUUCACAAAUGGAGUUUUAUUGGUUUCAUUUUGUUUUCUUUUAUGUUUAUGGUAACUACUUCUUAUUUAUUUUUAAAGCUUGGAAGAAUAAAACAGAGUAAAAAGAAUUAUUUCUCGUUGAGGCAGAAAAUGAUAUUUCUCACUUUAAAGUUGAUGUUCUUUUUUUUAACUAUGUAUUUCUUUGUCAGACACAAUAAAAAUUGUGAACCAGGAAUAUAUAGUUUAUUUGCGCUAUGUGAAUAUGCUGUUGUUACAUUAAAUAUUCUUUUUCAUGGAACAGCUUUGAUUGACUUUCGAGGUGUUUAUAUUGAGAUACCUAUUAACGGCAUACAAUGUUCUACAUCCAAACACGCACAAAACAUAUAGGUCUUGCUUUAAAUUUUUAAAUUGUAUAUUGUAUUUAGAAGAAUUAUUUAAACAUAACGAAUUUUUUUAAUAGGAUUUUGAGUUAAAAUAUAUUUGUAAAAAUUUAACUGUACAAAAAAUUGAUUUA